CUCGGUCGCCGGACCUGGAGGCUACGGAAGAGGACAGGAAGGAUAUGGCGGCCCCGGCGACAGAGUCCACUCCAACAACCCCGAAAGCAGAUAUGGCUCGGGUAACGACGACGGCGAUCGCUACAACGGCCGCAACGAUGGAGGUUACGGCGGCGGCACCGGUGGCCAGGUACACUCGAGUGGUACCUCCUAUGGCGGCGUGCCUGGUGGAUCCGACGACUACUCGUCUGCAGCUCACACCGCAGCCCAGCAUGCUGGCAACUCCGGCGAUUCGAACCUGUUCAGCGCUGCCCUUGGCAUGCUCUCAGGUCACAAGGCACAGCAGGAAGACGUUGAUGAAGAUGAUGCCAUCAGACAGCACCAGCAAUUCUACGGUGGAGCUGGUCAGCCUCACCCAGCCAGCUCUGGCAGCAUGGGCUCGGCCGCCGCUAUGCAGGCUCUCAAGAUGUUCAACCAGGGAGGCAGCUCGUCUGGAAACGGACCCAAGAGCCAGAACGACUUUAUCGGUCUUGCCAUGUCCCAAGCUGCUAAGCUUUUCGACCAGCAAAGCUCCCAAGGCAACGUGCACCAGCAAGCUUCAAAGCAGGAUGCUGUCUCAUCUGCUGCUCAGAUGGCCCUCAAGAUGUACAUGAAGAGCCAGGGCGGUGGCGGUAACAGCAGCGGCGGUGGUCUUAUGGGCCUCAUGAGCAAAUUCAUGUA